UUAAGUGAAUGAGUUUUGCCGCUUGUUUCGCUGUAGUAACAUAUGACUGUUUUGACUGUUAUAAAAGCUGGUUCCGAGCUUAAAAUAGAUUGUAUUAAAAGGCAAAAUAAAUUCUUUGUCCAACCUUCCUGCUUAAAACAUGCAGACGGAGAAAGUAGAAGAAGAGGAGGAUGCUCCUGAAGAGUAUGUUGCCCUGUGUGAUUUCACUGCGAGCGGUUCUGAGCAGUUGAGUUUCAUCACAGGAGAGAAGCUGCUUGUGCACAACAAGUCUUCAGCAGAUUGGUGGUGGGCAGAACUGCAGGGGGUGAUCGGUUAUGUUCCUGCCAGCUAUCUGCGCUUGGAUGGUGCUGAGGAGGGGGACGACGCCUCCUUGGAGGACCCGUGGCAGGAUGACGAAUACUUCGGCAGCUAUGGGACACUGAGGCUUCACCUGGAGAUGCUGUCGGACCGGAGCCGCACCGAGACGUACCGGCAGGUUAUUGUCAGCAACAGCGCUUCACUUAGGAAUAAGGUGGUGAUGGACCUCGGCUGUGGGACUGGCAUUAUCAGCAUGUUCUGUGCUCAGCUGGCAAAACCUUCUAUGGUGUAUGCUGUAGAGGCAAGCUCCAUGGUGGAGCACACCAGACAGCUGGUGAAGCAGAACGGCUGUGAGGAGGUGGUCACUGUGCUGCAGGGGCGGGCAGAGGAGCUUGAGCUGACAGAGCAAGUGGACAUCCUGGUGUCUGAGUGGAUGGGCAACUGUCUACUGUUUGAGUUCAUGGUGGAGUCGGUCCUCUUGGCCAGGGAUCGCUGGCUCCGUGAUGGUGGUGUAAUGUGGCCUUCCUCAGCAGCUUUAGCUCUGGUUCCAUGUCAAGCCGACAGCUACUACACAGAGAAAAUGGCUUUCUGGGAGCGACCGUAUGGCCUGGACUUCACACCACUACAGCCUUUAGCACAGCAGGAGUUCUUCACCAAGCCAAAGUUCAGCCAUCUCAUUGACCCUGAAGACUGCCUUUCCGCUCCCUCUGAUGUCAUCUGCCUUAACAUGUACACUGUACAAGUGAGAGACCUUGAGGAAAUGAAGGGUGAGUUUCAGUUUUGUGUGAAGAAGCCUGGAAUUUUCCACGGAUUCACGGCCUGGUUCACUGUUCAGUUUGAAAGCCUGGAGAUGGGAGGAGCAACAGUGGAGCUCAACACCGGACCAAAUGCAGAUCCAACCCAUUGGAAGCAGACUUUGUUCAUGCUGGACAGGCCGAUCCAGGUGUACGCCGGAGACUCAAUCCAUGGAAACAUUGUCCUGCGCAGAAACCCAGUGUGGAGACGCCACAUGACUGUUACGUUGCACUGGAACAUCAACAGCAACACGGACGACUUCCAGGCUGGAACAAAAAGUUUCCCCAUGUGGAGGUGACUGGUUUAUGGCGAAUCAACAGUAAACCAGUUAUAUAUGUCCACUCUUUGCCCAUGAGCUGCUGCAGCCCAAUAAUCAGAAGCGGUUACUGAAAAUGUGUCAUCCAGGGCGCUACCUGGUAGGCCAGUUGAGUCUUUAGUGAUGUAACUGAUCACUACAGGAACAGGUGAUCACACAACAGGUCAUUCUUUAAGAGCAGCAUGUGACUGAAAAGAAGAAACGGAGGAGUCACUGAUGGAGAAAAAUAGGACUCAUUAAAGAGUAGCAAGAUACUCUUUCAGGUAUAACAGAAAAAUAAUGUUUUAUUUUUUAUUAUACUCAAGUUUUACAAUUGCUUAAAAAAACUUAAUUUACAUUUUCACUCAUUUAACUGAUACUCAAUUACUUAAACACCUAAAGAUACAAAUAUUUUUGUUAAUUAGCUUUUCAUGUUAAAGGAAGCAAUAUAUUAAGAAUUGGUGGAUUACCAGUAACAAGCUAAAGUAAUAAUUUAAAAAGUCAAAACACUCCUGUUCAGGUGCACUACUAAUCUGCUGGAUAAAAAUUGUCUUUUACACUUUGACAAUAUUUGCAUAAAACACAAGUCAGGGUUUGAUAACUAAAGCCAGCAACUUUAUAAAGGUAAAAUCGUUAUAAAAAUACAGCUUGUAAACUAUGACGGGCAGCAUGUAUUACUUUUGUUACUCCACAAAGAAUGUCAAAAAAGUUCUACACCUCACCAUUACAUUUAGUUGGUGAAACUUAUAAAGAUUGUGCAUUUCCACUGUAGGAACCUUUCCCAGGAACUAGAGUAUUCAUAUUUUGGGGCUUACUAUUGUUACUGCAGUUAAUGCAGGGUUUAUUUUUUUAGCCCCUGUAUUGUCUAUAUAUUCUGGUAAUUUUAAAACAUA